AUGAUUUUGUAUUUAAUUGAUAAGAAUAUUGUACAUAAAAAGAAUAUUAAUUUAUUAUCAAAACUAUCUCGUCAAGAUUUUUUAAAUAAAACAUUUUGUGGACAAUUUAUUAAUGGAAAUUGGAAAGAAACAAUUUCUCAAGAUGAUAUUGAUGAAAAAAAUGAAUUUCUCAAAAAACAAAUAAAAAUUUGGCAAAAUUUUCAUGAAAACUUAUCAUGUGAUCAAUUUAUUAAAAUAAAUUGUUUCUAUAAAAAAUCUGUAACAGAUAUCGAAAGAAAUAAUCCCAUGGGUUUUACAAUUCUUAUUUAUAAAAAUUUCUAUCAAUUUCAAGUAUUAAUGAGAACAUUAUAUACACGAACAAAUUAUCAUUGUAUUCAUAUUGAUCUUAAAGCAUCGUCAGAUAUUUAUAAAUAUGCAUUAAAAUUAUCAAAUUGUUUAGAUAAUAUUUAUUUAUCUAAUCAAAGAUUAAAUAUAUCAUGGGGAACAUUUAGUCUUUUACAAGCUGAACGAAUUUGUCAAAAGAUUUUAUUAGAAAAAUCAUCGAAAUGGUUUUAUUAUAUGACAAUUGCAGGAAGUGAACUUCCAAUUGAAACAAAUAGAAAUCGAAUUGAAAUUCUUCACCUUAGUCCAGAUAAAAAUCGUAUUGAUGUUAGUUCUAUUCCUAGACAAACAACAUUUAAAAAUUUAACUAUUUAUAAAGGAGAAUUUCAUACAAUUCUUACACGAAUAUUUCUUCAAGCAAUACAUAAUGAUUCAUUAUCAAUAGAAUUUUGGAAUUUUCUAAAUGGAAGUUUUGUACCUGAUGAAUAUUUUUAUUCAACAUUAGUUCAUUUUCAACAUUUACCUGGAAUAAAAUCAAGAAUGAAUAAAAUUUAUCCUUAUUAUCAACUUUUAUCUCAUUAUAAAAGUUGGAUUCAUCAACCAUUUAGUGAAUGUCAAUCGGAGAAAACUAUUGAAGGUGUUUGUCAAUUUAAUUAUAAAGAUUUAUUUAAUAUUGAACAAAGUAAAAAAUUAUUUGCAAAUAAAUUUAAUCAAGAUUUAGAUUUAAUCAGUAUUUUUUGUUGGGAACAAUGGAUAAAUAUUAAACAAAAUGAUUAUCUUCAUAUUGAUAACAAACAUUAUUUAAACAAAUUUCCAUUUACAACAAUAAAUUCAACAGAUAAUUCAACACUUUCAAAAGAUUUUUAUCAUAUGCUCAAAUAUUUAAAUAAACAGAAUUAA